UUGGGCAAAUGGCAGAUAAAGGUGGCUGAACGCUUAGAAGGAAAAAUAAAAACCAGAAUUCCAUAGUAAUUUUUUGUAGACCCGAAUCUGAUGUGGAUUAUUUCAGAAGAUUGUACAUGAAACUUGGUAAAGCAUGGUGGCUCAUGAUGAGAUUGGAAGUUUCCUGCCUAUUAAAAGGACUAUUCGUGUCCUAGAUGUUAAUAAUCAAUCCUUUAGAGAACAAGAGGAGCCAAGCAACAAAAGAGUUCGAUCUCUGGCUCGAGUCUCAUCUUUGGCAAAUUUAAUCUCUCCUGUGAGAAAUGGAGCAGUCAAACGUUUUGGUCAAACAAUACAGUCAUUUACACUUCGUGGUGACAACAGAUCUCCUGCUUGUGCCCAGAAAUCAUUUAGCAGGGCUACUGUCCCAACUCCUUCUAAAAGAAGAAACAGUGUACGAUGGUCAGAGAUGUUAGAUAUCAACAUGAAAGAAUCUUUAACCACCAAAGAAAUCAAACGUCAGGAGGCAAUAUAUGAAAUGCUCCGAGGAGAACAGGAUUUAAUUGAGGAUCUUAAGCUUGCCAGAAAGGCCUACCAUGAUCCCAUGUUGAAGUUAUCUAUCAUGUCUGAGGAAGAACUCACACAUAUAUUUGGAGAUUUAGAUGCUUACAUACCUCUGCAUGAAGAUCUGUUGGCAAGAUUAGGAGAAGCCACAAAGCCAGAUGGGACAGUGGAGCAAAUUGGUCAUAUUCUUGUGAAUUGGUUGCCAGGUUUAAAUGCUUAUAGAGGAUACUGCAGUAACCAGCUUGCAGCUAAAGCUCUUCUUGAUCAGAAAAAACAAGAUGCAAGAGUUCAAGAUUUCCUUCAGCGUUGUCUUGAGUCUCCUUUCAGUAGGAAGUUAGACCUCUGGAGCUUCCUGGACAUUCCUCGAAGUUGCCUAGUCAAAUACCCCUUGCUGUUAAAAGAAAUCCUCCGACAUACACCCAAAGACCACACUGAUAUAAAACCUCUAGAAGAAGCUCUAUUGGUAAUACAAGGAGUACUCUCUGAUAUCAACUUGAAGAAAGGAGAAUCAGAAUGCCAAUAUUAUAUUGACAAAUUGGAAUAUCUGGAUGACAAACAGAAGGAUCCUAGGAUUGAAGCUAGCAAGGUGUUGCUUUGCCAUGGAGAACUGAAGAAUAAAAAUGGACAUAAACUCUAUAUUUUCUUGUUUCAAGAUAUCCUUGUCUUGACUCGUCCUGUUAUACGCAAUGAACGCCACUCUUACCAAGUAUACCGUCAGCCUAUUCCUGUCCAGGAGCUGGUUUUAGAGGACCUACAAGAUGGCGAUGUGAGAAUGGGAGGUUCCUUUAGAGGUGCUUUUAGCAACUCAGACAAAGCUAAAAAUAUCUUCAGAGUUCGUUUCCGGGACCCUUCUCCAGGGCAGUCCCAUACUUUACAAGCUAAUGAUGUGUUCCAUAAGCAACAGUGGUUCAAUUGUAUCCGAACUGCCAUUGCCCCCUUUCAUCAGACCACCAGUCCAACAGAGUUUAAGGGUUUGUCGGAGCUCAAUAAGAGGUGUGAAAAGAACAACCCUUUGGCAUCACACAUCAAAACCCAAAGGAAGUCAUCAACACUUUUUGGUCUCAUUCCUCUGGAAGUAGAUGAAAAUUCCCCUGAAUGUAUUCCCAGCAUAGCUAUACAUGAAAGCUCCACAGGUAUAAAAGCACACAGAAUACAAUCUGGGUCCCAAAAAGCCCAAGAGAAGGCCCAGCUGAUGAUAAAAGGAAAGAGACUUUGGUAUAAAGGGAAUCCAUGUACCAACUGAAGAAAAGACUGUUUAUAAAUGUGUAUAUAUAUUUUUUUUCAUGUAAUGUGAACAUGCUAAGGUUACUUUGUCCUGAUGUGUUGGUUUUUUAAUGGCAGCUACUAAUAACUCUGUUAAACUAUGGUCUGUUUUUUAAAGAAUAUAGAAUUUAUAUUUUCUUAAUUUGUCCUAUAAGUUGGCCAUUUUUAAAGCUUAGCACAAUUAGAUGGGAAGUCUAAAAGGCAGAUUGUUCAUAAGUUCUGACCUACUCUGUUUUUUUCUCUUUUCAAAUAUUUUUCCCAAUUAUAAUCAAAAACAAUUUUUACCAU